AUUUAAUAGACGCAUCACAUGCUUCACGAGCAUGUGCUACAAUGGAAUUUUGGAAAAUAUGGGGAAGGUUGUUAAUUAUACAAAGUUUUUUCACAUGCAUUACUUUAAUACACUGCAGAAAUCUGCUACGGUUUUCUGGAACGGAAAAAACGAACAAUGAAGGUGGCGAAGAUAUUUCAGAAAAAAAUAUAUCAGACCACAAGGGAUAUUUUGAGCCCUUAGCUGAUUUUGACCAUCUUGGUGAUAACGCCGGAGUUUCAGGUCUUCAGAAAAAAUCAUUAAUUAAAGGACAGCUACUCAGUUCUUCUGAAGCAGCCUGGGAUGCCAUGUCUCCAAAGUUGAGGUGUGGUGACGAUCUCGUGAAGUUACAGCUCAGUGGUCCAGAAUUAGCAAAUGUUGAACUCUGUCGAGGUAAUGGGGUGCCUGUUCCUCUCACUCAGUUGCCACCUCACUGUGGACACACAGCACUCACUUAUGCAGGUCUUGUCUAUGCUACUCCCUAUGAUGGAUGUGGUGUUGUGCAACAGGGAGGGUAUUAUGUGAUGCAGAUACAGUGGCAGGGAAACUCUGCAGUCAUUACUUGUCCUAUGACCUCUACCAUUGCAAAUGAAACCUUCCUGGGACCUCAUCCUCCUAAAUAUCUGCACAUUUUGCUGCCUCCCUUCUCUCCUGAUACACAAAGUCCAGAUGCACCUGCAAUGCCACAAGUGUCUGAUACUGCAACACUGAAGCCACCACCUCUUGUGUAUCCACAAGGGUUUUGGCCUUUCCCUCAUUAUCUUUAUCCUGGAAGGGUUUAUGCCACAGCUAAACAAACGGAGAAACCUGUUACAACUACUCUAGUUUCCCAAGCACCAACUGGAGAACCUCAACCUCCCAAAUACCCCGAGAUGUCUUGGCCACACUACCAUCCUGAUUACCUCUAUCAUGGCAGACCAAAACCCACUUUGAAACCUGUUCCCGCCUCUGGCUCUGACACUAAAUCAGAUGCACCAGCUGAAAAGCCUCAACCUCCCAAAUACCCCCAGAAGCCAUGGCCUUAUCCUGGCUACCCUUCUGGUGACCCAAAACCUGUUCCCGCCUCUGGCUUUGACACUGAAUCGGAUGCACCAGCUGAAAAGCCUCAACCUCCCAAAUACCCCCAGAAGCCUUGGCCUUAUCCUGGUUGGCAGCAUCCUGGCUACCCUUCUGGUGACCCAAAACCUGUUACAGCCUCUGGCUCUGAAUCGGAUGCACCAGGUGAAAAGCCUCACCCUCCCAAAUACCCCCAGAAGACUUGGCCUUAUCCUGGUUGGCAGUAUCCUGGCUACCCUUCUGGUGACUCAAAACCUGUUCCUGCCUCUGGCUCUGACACUGAAUCGGAUGCACCAGGUGAAAAGCCUCACCCUCCCAAAUACCCCCAGAAGACUUGGCCUUAUCCUGGUUGGCAGUAUCCUGGCUACCCUUCUGGUGACCCAAAACCUGUUCCCGCCUCUGGCUCUGAAUCGGAUGCACCAGGUGAAAAGCCUCACCCUCCCAAAUACCCCCAGAAGACUUGGCCUUAUCCUGGUUGGCAGUAUCCUGGCUACCCUUCUGGUGACCCAAAACCUGUUCCAGCUUCUGGCUCUGACACUGAAUCGGAUGCACCAGGUGAAAAGCCUCACCCUCCCAAAUACCCCCAGAAGACUUGGCCUUAUCCUGGUUGGCAGUAUCCUGGCUACCCUUCUGGUGACCCAAAACCUGUUCCAGCUUCUGGCUCUGAAUCGGAUGCACACCAGCUGAAAAGCCUCAACCUCCCAAAUACCCCCAGAAGCCUUGGCCUUAUCCUGGUUGGCAGCAUCCUGGUUACCCUUCUGGUGACCCAAAACCUGUUCCAGCCUCUGGCUCUGACACUGAAUCGGAUGCACCAGGUGAAAAGCCUCAACCUCCGAAAUACCCCCAGAAGCUUUGGCCUUAUCCUGGUUGGCAGCAUCCUGGUUACCCUUCUGGUGACCCAAAACCUGUUCCCGCCUCUGGCUCUGACACUGAAUCGGAAUCGGAUGCACCAGGUAAAAAGCCUCACCCUCCCAAAUACCCCCAGAAGCCUUGGCCUUAUCCUGGCUACCCUUCUGGUGACCCAAAACCUGUUCCAGCUUCUGGCUCUGAAUCGGAUGCACCAGCUGAAAAGCCUCAACCUCCCAAAUACCCCCAGAAGCCUUGGCCUUAUCCUGGUUGGCAGUAUCCUGGCUACCCUUCUGGUGACCCAAAACCUGUUCCAGCUUCUGGCUCUGACACUGAAUCGGAUACACCAGGUGAAAAGCCUCGACCUCCCAAAUACCCCCAGAAGACUUGGCCUUAUCCUGGUUGGCAGUAUCCUGGCUACCCUUCUGGUGACCCAAAACCUGUUCCAGCUUCUGGCUCUGACACCGAAUCGGAUGCACCAGGUGAAAAGCCUCGACCUCCCAAAUACCCCCAGAAGACUUGGCCUUAUCCUGGUUGGCAGUAUCCUGGCUACCCUUCUGGUGACCCAAAACCUGUUCCAGCUUCUGGCUCUGGCUCUGAAUCGGAUGCACCAGGUGAAAAGCCUCACCCUCCCAAAUACCCCCAGAAGCCUUGGCCUUAUCCUGGCUACCCUUCUGGUGACCCAAAACCUGUUUCCAGCUUCUGGCUCUGGCUCUGAAUCGGAUGCACCAGCUGAAAAGCCUCACCCUCCCAAGUACCCCCAGAAGCCUUGGCCUUAUCCUGGCUACCCUUCUGGUGACCCAAAACCUGUUCCAGCCUCUGGCUCUGACACUGAAUCGGAUGCACCAGGUGAAAAGCCUCACCCUCCCAAAUACCCCCAGAAGCCUUGGCCUUAUCCUGACUACCCUUCUGGUGACCCAAAACCUGUUCCAGCUUCUGGCUCUGGCUCUGAAUCGGAUGCACCAGGUGAAAAGCCUCACCCUCCCAAAUACCCCCAGAAGCCUUGGCCUUAUCCUGGUUGGCAGUAUCCUGGCUACCCUUCUGGUGACCCAAAACCUGUUCCAGCCUCUGGCUCUGACACUGAAUCGGAUGCACCAGGUGAAAAGCCUCACCCUCCCAAAUACCCCCAGAAGACUUGGCCUUAUCCUGGUUGGCAGUAUCCUGGCUACCCUUCUGGUGACCCAAAACCUGUUCCAGCCUCUGGCUCUGACACUGAAUUGGAUGCACCAGGUGAAAAGCCUCACCCUCCCAAAUACCCCCAGAAGCCUUGGCCUUAUCCUGGUUGGCAGCAUCCUGGCUACCCUUCUGGUGACCCAAAACCUGUUCCAGCCUCUGGCUCUGAAUCGGAUGCACCAGGUGAAAAGCCUCAACCUCCCAAAUACCCCCAGAAGACUGGGUCUUACUACUAUCCUCAUGACCCUGGACAUAUAUUUCCUCCGUAUAGUCAUUACCCCGAUUAUCCUCUCCAUUUGCAAGAGUUUUAUCCACAAUACCCAGUUCAGCCUCCCAGAAUUCCUACUGCACCACCUAUAACCACCACUCCUCAACCCUGUACUACAACUGCAGCUGCUGAAUGCAAACCUUUUGCCACUAGCCCUCCCAAUGUGCCACCCUAGCGUAAUAUACCUCCCCAGUUAUUUAUUAUUAUUAUUAUUAUUAUUAUUAUUAUAUAUAUAUUUUUUUUUUAAGGCCCCUUUACGCUUCAACUUUUGGACUUUUCAGAUCCCAACUCUUUCCCAUGAAGCUUUGAGGACUGAGUCCAGAUGCUUAGAAUUAGGGUGGUAAUUUGCUCCAUGUGGCUCUGAAAGAUUUCCUCCUGAUUUAAUGCUAAUACUGCAAAGUGAUUCCUGCUCAUGAACCUGCUGGUUUCUGCUUUUUGGCAGUUGUCUCAAACGAUUCAAUAAAUCAAAUGAUUAAA